UUAUGCGCUCUCUAAGUAACUAUGAAGCAAGAUGGCUGAAACAGGCAUGAGACCAGCGGACACGCAGAUCGGAAAUGGAGACUCCGCUGAAAGCCUGAGCGAGGAAGUAAAGAAGAAAGCCGAGGAACUUAAAGAAAAAGCCAACGAGUUCUUUAAAAAUGGUGACUAUUCACAGGCUAUAACGUUCUACACACAAGCAAUUGAAGAAAACCCAUAUGUGGCUGCAUAUUAUGGAAACCGUAGCUUUGCUCAUAUCAGGACAGAGAGUUUUGGUUAUGCACUAAGUGAUGCCUCCAAAGCUUUGCAGCUAGACAAAAACUAUGUCAAGGCAUACUACAGGAGGGCCUCUGCCAACAUGGCUCUGGGAAAGUUCAAAGUUGCUCUCAAAGAUUUUGAAUCGGUAGUAAAAGUACGACCAAAUGACAAAGAUGCACGAGCCAAAUACAACGAGUGUAAGAAGAUCGUCCAUUUACAGGCCUUCCAGAAAGCCAUCGCCGUGGAGGACAAUCAGAAGUCCGUGGCGGACAGCAUCGACUUGGCAUCUAUGAGUAUAGAGGAGGAUUAUAGGGGCCCUCAUUUUGAAGAUGGCACUUUGACUCUGCAAUUUGUCAAGGAUCUCAUGCAGACCUUCAAGGAACAGAAGAAACUCCACAGAAAAUAUGCCUAUGAGAUUCUAAUGGAAGUGAAAAAGUUCUUUGUAAAACAGCCCAGUUUAGUUGAUAUUACAGUGCCAAAGGGGGAGAAAUUCACAGUGUGUGGAGAUAUUCAUGGCCAGUACUACGACUUGUUAAAUAUAUUUGAACUCAAUGGACUACCCUCAGAAUCAAACCCUUAUUUAUUUAAUGGUGACUUUGUGGAUCGUGGUUCCUUUUCUGUGGAGUGUGUCAUCGUCUUGUUCUGUUUUAAACUUUUAUAUCCCAAUCAUUUCUUCAUGGCUAGAGGUAACCACGAGAGUAUAACAAUGAAUCAGAUGUAUGGUUUUGACGGAGAAGUUAAGUCCAAAUAUACAUCCCAAAUGGCAGACCUGUUCACGGAAAUCUUCAAUUGGUUACCGCUGGCACACUGUAUAAACAAUAAAAUCUUAGUAAUGCACGGUGGUUUGUUUAAAGAUGACAAUGUUGCUCUGGAUGAUCUCAGGAAAAUUGACAGAAAUCGACAGCCACCUGAAUCUGGUCUGAUGUGUGAACUGCUUUGGUCUGACCCCCAACCAAUGCACGGUCGGGCGGAGAGUAAACGAGGAGUGGGCACCAUGUUUGGUCCUGAUGUCACAACUAAAUUUUUGGAACGAAACAACUUGGACUACGUCGUGCGGAGUCACGAAGUCAAACCAGAGGGUUAUGAAGUCUCUCACAAUGGGAAGUGUAUAACUGUCUUUUCAGCACCAAAUUACUGUGAUACAAUGGGGAACAAAGGGGCUUUUAUGAAGGUAACUGGUGAUGACCUGACCCCCAAAUUUACAUCAUUUGAUGCAGUACCACAUCCGAACGUUAAACCUAUGGCCUAUGCAAACAGCUUGUUUGGAUUGUUUUAGACUUCAGACUGAAACGAGAAUUUGCAACAUUCUGUCCACCAUACUGCAUCACUGGAUGCGUUUCAUUGGUUUAUCAUUCAUAAAGACAGCUGACAAAUCCCACAGUACACAUCACACAGACUCUAAAGGGCGACAAUCAUCCGAUUGACAGCUGACAAAUCACACAAUACAGACUCUAAAGGGCGACAAUCAUCCGAUCGGAUACGUUGGGCCAAAACUUGGUGUGACAUUAGUUAAUAUGUGGUUGUGAAGCUGUCGACAAUCACUGAUAUAACUUGUGUUUUGUGUACUGAGAGUGUAAAGAGCAGUCCAUUAGAGUCAUCAGGAACCAGUGUGUACCGGUCAGUGGUGUCCAUCUUGUGUCCUGCUACGUGUCUAUAUUGUGGCAGCUGAUGUUUCUAUUAUCAGAAAAUUAUCAUUUUAAUAAACUUGUGACAGUUUUAAUAAACAAAAGAAUCAAGGAGUAAA